AUGAAUGAAAAUUAUUUUUUAGUAGCUUUCUACCACAUUUCCUACAUUCUCUUUUCUUCCAGCUGUCUCAAAAAUAAUUUCCUCAAAAUAAUUAUGGCAAAUAUAACCUCAAUGAAUGGAUUUCUCCUCAUGGGUUUUUCUGACAUUCGUGAGCUACAGAUUUUACAUGCUUUGCUGUUUUUAGUGGUGUACCUGCUAACCUUAACAAGUAACCUCAUCAUUAUCAUCAUCACCAUAGUGGACCAGCGUCUCCAAGCCCCAAUGUAUUACUUCUUAAAACAUCUUUCCCUCCUGGACCUCUCCUUCAUCUCUGUCACGGUUCCCCAGUCCAUUGACAAUUCUCUGAUGAAUGAUGGCUUUAUUUCCCAUGGUCAGUGCAUACUCCAGGUUUUCUUCUUCUCAUCUCUAGCUUGUUCUGAGUUGGCCAUUCUCACAGUGAUGUCUUAUGACCGCUAUGCAGCCAUCUGCUUCCCACUGCACUAUGAGGUCAUCAUAAAUCCUAGUAAGUGUCAGUGGGCUGUGAUAGCUGUAUGGCUAAGUGGAAGCAUCUCUGGAAUCUUGUUCACAACAGCCACAUUCUCCAUCACAUUCUGUAAGGCCAAAAUAAUCCACCAGUUCUUCUGUGACAUCCCCCAGUUGCUGAAGCUCUCCUGUUCCAAUGAUUACCUUCGAGUGAUUGGAGUGUCGACUUUCAUGUCUGUACUGGCAUUCAUCUGCUUUACCUCCAUUGUCCUCUCCUAUAUACACAUCUUCUCCACAGUACUAAGAAUACCCUCUGCUGAGGGCAGGUCCAAAGCCUUCUCUACCAGCCUGCCUCACCUCUUUGUUGUCUCAUUUUAUGUCUCCUUUGGUGCCUUUGAAUUUCUAAAACCAACUUCAGAUUCUCCAACUGUUUUUGACCUUUUGAUUUCUAUAUUCUAUACAGUCAUUCCCCCAACCCUCAACCCUAUUAUCUACGGUCUGAGGAAUGAAGUUAUGAAGGAAGCUUGCAGAAAGUUAUUGUUGGGUAGACAAUUCACCAAGAAAACAUCAUACUUGUCCUAUUGUUAA